AUGCAGACUGUCAAGGACGCCGCCAACUACGUGUCGGAGACCAUCCAGGGUGGUGGCGCGACCGCCUCCAAGGAGGCCAACAAGGAGGUCGCCAAGGACUCCAACGCCUCGGUCGGCACGCGCCUGUCGGCUGCCAAGGACGCCGUUUCGGACAAGAUGGACGAGCAGAAGCACGAGUCCAAGGCUGAGAUCAACGAGCAGAAGCUCAAGAACUAA